CACAGCAAUUCACAAAGCACAAUAUGAAGCUCUGUGGAAAAUAGAACCGUAUAUCAUUUCUUUUCAAGAGAUGGGAAAUUGUGUACAGGUUCACAAGUCCAAAGAGUCGGCGUCAAAACUCCGAUGCUCAAGCUAUUCCAGGACAGAAUGUGUCCUGAUUCAAAAGCCUAUUCAAGACACGGUAGAUUGUACGCCGAGGCCUCAUGUCACUGGUUUCCCGGAACUAAGUGAUGAAGAUGAUGUUCAAUUUUGUCCUGACCCCUGGGUAGAAUCUGAUGGUGAAGAUUUCUUCAGUGUUAAAAAUGAUCUUGCCCCAUCUACGAGAGAAUCUCCAAUCCACAAAAAUAGUGAAAUUAUAGAAGUGGAAACCCCCAACGUGAUAAACCACAAGAACAAAUCCAAGGUUCAACCAGUUAAGCAACUGAUUGAAUUGUUUCGUGAAAGCUUCAACGCUGACGAGUCUGGUGGUCAUCGACACAUGCAUUAUAAAUCGGAGGCGGAAUCUUCCCCAUCUGACAUGCCGCGAAGCUCAGCGAAUGUAAGCCCCUAUCGUUAUUCGGUGACGAAUCUAAUUUCGGGGGCCAGGACAAGAAAAGCUACACAGUUUGCACAAUGCUUCCUGCCAAAGAUGGUGCAGAUCAUAAGCUUCAGUGAGAGGAAGAAAUGUUGAGUCCUUCAUAGAUGUCAAUGC